AAGAAAAUAAUAGAAAAAGAGUAUGUGUAGGAAUAACUUGUUAAGAGUGUAUUUUCGUAUUGUAACCCUAAUGAAUACAUGCAUGGUCGAAAUUCAGCAAUAAACCCUAGCUAAAGGGGGAGGCUUUCGAAACCCUAAAUUCCCAUCUCUAUUUUCUUGGUUGGACCAACCGGCUCCCUCUCUGUCUUGUCAUUUUAUCAUCAACUUAGAGACGGCCGCCGGAGCCAUGAGUUUUGUGCAAGGGCGUCGUUUGCUUGCAUCGCUUGGCAGAAGGUUUCGUCCUCGGCAACCUAAACCUACAGAGCAGCCAGAGCGGCCUCCAAUUCGAUUGCGGCCGGGAGAUCCGUAUGGUAGGCCCCGUCCUCGUCCCUUCGUCAUGGAGAUGAUAAAGGGUAUGAAACUACUUACUGCGGAUGAAAAGUUGAAAUUUGGCUAUAUAUUCAGUGAGCUGCUGGGUCUUCCAAAACCUCCUGAGAUAAAAAGCAAUGAUAAAAAGUUUGCUGUGAAGUUGGUCAAGUAUGACCCUGAUAAAAGGUCCAAAGUGCUUAAAGAGGUUGCAUGGAUCAAAUCUACAGUAGUAGUGAUCAAACAUUUGGCCGAGUUGGGUCUGCAACCAUCGCUCCAAUGUGUGCAGGACGUCCCCUACUCCCUCAUUAAAGAUGAUGUCACAAAGGAAGAAGCUAAUGAAAUCAUUGCCAAGAUCCAAGCUGCUGGUGGAGUCGCUGUUAUGGAGCCAAUGGAGUGAUCAUCUUUGGGUUUUUUUUUUUUUCCUUUUUGCAAUGGAUGACAAUUUAAUCCAAAAAAAAAAUUGAUUAAUUAGGUAGUUUUUAUAGAACUGUGUGAUCAUGACAUGAUUUAGUAUUUAUUGCAUGUAAAAGAUUGAGGGAAUCAAAACCUCUUUAUAUUUGCAAUAAAGUUUUUGAAAUAUG